UUUUUUUUUCCCUUCUCUCUGCAGUUGUUUAAGGUGGAUUAAGUAAUGAUCCUCCGCCUUUACAUCAUGGUGAUCUCAUAUCUUUGUGCCAUUAGUGCUGCCCCCUACCAAAGCCAGAAGACAGAUCGUGAUUAUGGCACCAAGAUAUCUUCCCACCCUUCCAAUCCAACACUAGAACCCUUUAACAUCAGUCAUGGACUACAGGAGGUGCUAUUACCAGACUUGGCCUCCACGUAUCCAGAUAUGACUGGUAACGAAUGGAAGCUCUACUCUCCUAGAGUUAUUCUGUCCAGUCAAGAACCUUCAGAUCCUCCUCUUCUUUUCUUAGCAGACGAGCCUGUCUCGCAUUCGGAACCAGCAAAUAGGACUUCACGGGUUAAACGGGCAAUGGGAUCUGACAUGGCCAGUGCGUCCCGCCGGGGGGAACUUUCUGUGUGUGACAGCAUGAACCUUUGGGUUACUGACAAGAGAUCGGCUGUGGAUGACCGAGGCAAGACAGUGACCGUAAUGUCGGAAGUUCAGACUCUUACAGGACCUUUGAAGCAGUACUUUUUUGAGACGAAGUGCAACCCUGCUGGUGGAACUACCAACGGGUGCAGGGGUGUGGACAAACGACACUGGAUAUCAGAAUGCAAAGCAAAACAGUCUUAUGUGCGGGCAUUGACUAUGGACACCAACAAGCAGGUGGGGUGGCGCUGGAUCCGGAUUGAUACUGCGUGUGUCUGCGCCCUGUUGAGUCGCACUGGGAGGACGUAAAAGGGAAAACGUUGAAUGUACUGCUCUCUCUGUAUUGCUACAGUUUGAGUAAACUGGAGGAGCUUCUUAUCUUCUCAUUAAGCUGUUUACAAUGUGGCAAAGAGGCCAAGAGCCCAUAUCCCUACAGUCACAAACAUAAAUUUUGGGGGGUGGGGGAAGUCAUAAAACAGCUGCCACGAGGAAUGAUUUAACUCUACCAGGUUGUGUGACUUCCAAAACUGGAUACAAAUUUUAAACAGUCCUCAUCUAAAGGGAGCGAUACUUUGUUAACCAGUGAUAACUAUGUUACUAGUGCCUUUUCAGUGUGGAUUUGCACAGUUACAUCUACAUUAUAAAGGGAAUUUCGUAACAUAUCAAGGAGUUGGCAAGUUGAGGUUUCAAAAAUCUUAAGGAUCAUGUAUAUUUACUCUUCACGAUUAGGACCCAUCCGAGAAUCCUGACUAGGUGUCUCCAUUCUGGACAAAUCUAAUCUUUUGCUCUCAUUGACAUGACAGACAUGACUGUGUUGAAUUAUGAAAUGUGAAGAAAUGAACCAGCCAGAUUAAUUUUGUUAUCCUGCCCAUAACUUUAUACCGUUCACAUUGUAAGC